AUGUCAACAAGACGAGCUAGGAUAAAAGCUGUUACAUCUUUACCACCUCGAAGAAAAAAUGCUGAAGAAGUAAAACAUAAACAAAUUCAAGAUAAAGAACACACAGAAACAAGACCAUUAGCAGAAAAAAAUCAAGAGCUUCACGAAAAUAUUUCUCUGUCAAAGUCGAUAAAUGAAGAUCUAGUACAAAAUGAAGUAUUCAAUGAUGUAAAUAAAACUCCUAAGAUAAUCACUUAUGAAGCUACUACAACUCUAGAUGAUGGAUCUUCGAUUGACGAUAACGAAAGAAUUAGUAAAAAACUUGGACAUUCAGUUAAGAUACCUAAUCUUACUUUGAAGUCAAAUACAAGUGCUUUUGCGUCACCACAAGUACGUGACAGUCCUAUUAGAAAAGUAUUUGCUUCACCUUUGGCACCUUCACCAAAACUUACCAAAAGUGCGGAUGUUAGCCAACAUAAAAGUAAUACACCACAGAGACAUAAAUCUACACCAAAUGCAGAAAUUAUUAACGAAAAUAAUGAAAUACAAAUAACAGACAAAAAUGUAAAUAAAAUUACUCACAAAAGUGUUAGUCCCACAAUUAACCAUGUAAAUGAAGAUUAUAGUGAGCCAAGUGUCCCUGAAAGCCUCAAAGAUGACACAGUAAUGGAUGGUAUAGUUCCAUUGCAACCUGCUGCCAGCGCUCCAAAGCCCAUAGAUUUUCUAAAAAAUGAGAUAAUAUCAGAAAAUGUGGAAGUGCUUUUUGACCCCAUUGUACCAUUGCCUUCUCCAAGUAAAGUCAGACCCAAAUUACGGCCUACGCCAAGACUAGGGCCAAAUAGAAGAAAUAGUAUUCAGGGUAGUGCUAGUGAGUCAGAGGACGAAACUCGCCGAGCGCAAAUAUCAAGUGGGACUGCCACUCCAUCCUUGGCAAGACAACGACAUGAUUCACAUACAUCACAUAGUACAUUACCUUCAUUGCAUAAUAGAGAUAUUAGCCGCAUUAGGAAUGAUUCUGUUUGCUCAAGUGUUAGUCAAGCAACACACCCUGCUGCCACUGCUUCACCACUGAAAGAAAGACAUUACAAUAAAUCUAGGCGACAGGAUGCUGCCAACCGACGUAUGGCAGCGAUGCGACGUAAACGCGAAAAUGUGAAAAGGGAUACACUUACUAUGUACGAUCUAAUCUUCUACAAUCCCACCACAAAUCCCAUCAUUCCAGACCAAGAUGAAAUAAAUGCGAAAGAGGAAAAUGCCAAAGAAGAAGAGAGAGCUAAUAAAAUUAAAGACGAUUCUAAGGAUGAAGAAGAAGAUGUUGAUGACCCGCCUGAAGCAGAGGCUGCGCCCGUGCCUCAAAUCAAGCUUGGACCAAAUGGAGAAAUUAUUCUUGAUGAGACAAGUUUGGUGAUCAAGCAAACUGCGAGCGAGCGCAAGGUGUCGUCGGUGGUGCGGGAGGGUGCGUGGGGCGCGGGCGGCGCGGGCGGCGGGCGCUACCGGCGCGGGCCGCGCUCGGCCGACUGGAGCGCGGCGGAGACCGUGCGCUUCUACCGCGCGCUCGCCGCGCUCGGCACCGACUUCACACUCAUGGCGCAGCUCUUCCCCGACCGCAGCCGCAGGGAGCUCAAGCUCAAGUUCAAGAAGGAAGAAAAGCUAAAUGGCGCUCAAGUGGAUAAAGCGUUGCGCUCGGCUACGACGUGGGACGCGGAACAAUUACAAGAGGAAUUCAUUACGGAACGUGCGGAGACCAAACGACGAGCACAACUCGAACUCGAGCGGAUCGCCUGUCGGAAACGAGCAGAACGCGAACGAAUACGCCUCGCUCGACAGAUGCGCGUGCGCAACAGCAGGGGAGCUAAGGCACUAGAAACAAGAAUGGUUCCUGGCAUAACCCAAAUCAAAGAGAAUGAGGUGACAACUGCAGAUGAGUUGUUGGAACAUGUAAUAGAAACUCGAAAUAUUGAAAAAUCAAAAGCAAAUAAAACACCACAACACAACCAAAGCGCUCAGACUUCAUCUCACCUCGCAACCUUGACGUUCAUAAAUAAGAAACAGAAGACGCCAAAGAUCACAACCCCAACAAAUACAGAUAAUAUUGCAGUUCCAACCCCAAACAUGAACAAUUUACCAAUGAAUGUUGCGUUACCUAACAACGUGAAUUCUGCACCUGCAGUGCCCCCGAACAUAGAGACAGGCUCAUUAGUUGUAUUGACAGUAAAUGAUCCAUCGUCACCUUCAAAGAAAAUGCUACAAACUUACAUUGCACAUGGUGGUGGUAGACUGACACCUGUGGCUCUGCCGGCAACACUCCUCAACUCUGUUGUCGGUUACAUGAAGAAAGGUACACCUAAAAGCACUGUGUCUACUGGUUCUUCUCCUCAUUUUGCAUCGCCAAACAGUGUAACUAGCCAAGACAGUCGGACUAGUGUCACUCCAAGUGUUCUUCAAGUGAAUCCAAGCCCAGUAAAAAGGCAAAGGCUUAGUUCUUAUACAAUCACACAGCUUUAA